AUGACAACUAAUCAUUCUCGUUUGAAUCCAUCCGACUGCCAAACUAAUCCCGAUCAAGUCAAAAGUCUGACAAAUUAUGUUGAACAUGGUGAAGAUAAUCAAAUUUUGUCAUACAAGAAUACAAAUUUCACCGAAAUUGAGUUAGAACCAAUUCAAACAACAGAGAAUGAUAUUGCUAAUUUACAUGUUCCUUUUAGCACUCGUAGUUCAGUUGGUGUUGAUAAUUGCCAAAAGGAUACUUUUGCUGCAAGUCAAGCACUCAUCGGUCACGAUGACGAUGAAGUAUCUGACGAAGAAGUCUCUGAAAUUAUUUCGAAUACAGAUGAUCCGACUACAUUAGUUCUAACUUUUCGUUCAUGGUUUCUUGGUCUUUUAUGUACUUGUCUCCUUUCGUUUGCUAAUCAGUUUUUUUCGUAUCGAACUACACCAUUAGUCGUCGGUACACUUGUUCCUCAAUUAUUAACAUUUCCCUUAGCAAAUGUAAUGACGAAGUGUUUACCAAAACGAACUUUUAAAAUCUUUCGAUGGGAAUUUUCUCUGAAUCCAGGACCAUUUACGGUUAAAGAACAUUGUAUUAUUACUGUUAUGGCUGUUGUUACAUGCAGCACAGCGCCUGCUGUUGAUGUUUUAACAGUUGAACGAUUAUUCUACAAACGAACUAUUAAUCCAGUAUUUGGCAUUAUUUUCGUAGUAACAUCUCAAACUUUAGGCUAUGGAAUAGCGGGUAUUAUGCGAAAAUUUCUAGUUAGGCCAGCAGCAAUGAUAUGGCCAGCUAAUUUCGUUAAUUGUGCACUUUUCCAAGCAUUGCAUGAGGAUAAUGAUUGUAAUAGUAAAAACGAAUCAAACAAAGAAUCACGUUGGAAAAUGUCUCGUUUAAGGGGACCCCUUCCCCGUUACUGA